AUGGAUGUAAAUAACAUAUCAGAAAUAAAAGAUGGCGAUUCGACGCGUUCUCUCGUGUUGAUAGAAGCGCCAUCUAUAUUAAGCAUAACUAAACCGAAAUCUGAUGGGAACGGCAAGAAAAAGAGACGUCGCGGAAAAACUAAACGCAAAAUGAUAAAACCGUAUUUAAAAAUAUCGUGGCAAGAAAGAAGAAAAAAUGAGACCCGAAAUAACAGUAAGAGGAACAAACGGUUUAGAAAAAUUGUAUUAGCUAAAACACAGGCACCUUUCAACAAUAAUCAGUUUUUAAUGGAAAUUCAUAAGCCGGAACCCGAAAACAAUUUUAAUUUAUUUAGAACCCCUUCCGCUCGUACUCGCGAUUCCAGUUUUAGUGUUGAUUCAGAAGAUAAUAAUUAUUUUUUGGCAUUACCCGAAGAUGAAGAAGAAUAUUUGACAAAAGAAUUUUCCAGUGUUUAUGAAGAUGCACAGUGUGAACGAUUGUCUAACAUGUCUAAAAACGAACUUAUUGAAGAAUAUCUCUUAUUAGAAGCAAAAUAUGAUACUCUUCUUAAACGAGCUGACCGCAAUCGAUCAAAGGAUACUGAAGCAGACAAAAGUUAUACUUUGGAUACUUCUGAAGAGGACUGUGCAUCAACAGAAAAAGAUCUAUCAACUACAGAAGGAAAAUCUCUGUCAGACAUCUUACAGCGCCUUAAGGAACAGGAGGAUCAAAUAAGGGAGCUCCAGUUGACAAACGAAAAGUUACGACUUGAAAAUGAACACUUACAACAAAAUCAUCACAGCAUGAGUGAGGAUUCUGAAAGUGAUAGUUCCUCAAGUUCUGACAGUUGCAGUACCUCAAGUUGCAAUUCUAGCCCAGUUCGAGAGACAGAUACUGUUGUUAAUAGUGAAGAACCUGUUAUUCAAGUUAAUGGCGUCCACAAUAGUCCAGAUAACCUUGAUCAUGAACAGCCCCUUGUAAAUGGUUUUCAUAAUCCCGCAGAAUAA